AUGGAGCUGCACGCGGGCAUGGCGUUCCUGGACCUGGUGGCGAAGCAGGUGGACCCGGGCGCGCCCGGGUUCUGGCGCGACUUCCUGCUGGGCAUGCUCAAGCCGCUGGCGGCCACGGCUGUGGUGGCCAUGGCCGUCGCACUCAGCUUCUCGCUGCGCCUGGGCCUCGAGGGCGAGAUGCUCUACGCCAUCGCGCGCGCCUUCCUCCAGCUCUCCGUCAUCGGCUUCGUCCUCCAGUUCAUCUUCACCCAGAAGAACGCGCUCUGGAUCCUCCUCGCCUACCUCUUCAUGGUGACGGUCGCCGGCUACACGGCGGGUCAGCGCGCCAAGCAGGUGCCCCGCGGGAUGUACAUCGCGUGCGUCUCCAUCCUCGUCGGCACCGCCAUCACCAUGUUCCUGCUCGUCCUUCUCAGCGUCUUCCCGUUCACCCCGCGCUACAUCAUCCCCGUCGCCGGCAUGAUGGUCGGCAACGCCAUGACCGUCACCGGCGUCACCAUGAAGAAGCUCCGGGAGGACGUCAAGAUCCAGAGGGACCUGGUGGAGACGGCGCUGGCUCUGGGCGCGACGCCGCGGCAGGCGACGCUGCAGCAGGUGAAGCGGUCUCUGGUGAUCGCGCUGUCGCCGGUGAUCGACAACGCCAAGACGGUGGGGCUGAUCGCGCUGCCGGGCGCCAUGACGGGGCUCAUCAUGGGCGGCGCGUCGCCGCUGGAGGCCAUCCAGCUGCAGAUCGUCGUCAUGAACAUGCUCAUGGGCGCCUCCACCGUCAGCAGCAUCCUCCACCUACCUCUCUGCUGGCCGGCCUUCUUCACCAAGGCCUUCCAGCUGGACGACAAGGUCUUUGUUGACUAG